CACGGAUGGCGCCACUCCGAGGGCUCAAAACGGAGAACGCGUGCGUGUCAUAUAUAGAUGUAGUAAAUAUAUAUAGAUCGUUGGUCAAGAGAAUUAUUUAAAGAGUUACUUCGAAAAUCUUAUUUCAAUUAAAUAUUUCAUCUACAUAUAAGAAAUUGUUACUGCCGGUAUUAAUAACCUCUGAUAGUGCAACACGUCCAUGAUCCAGGUGAAUUCUUGAACUUCAUUGAACUUGGAAAAACUACAAAAUGGCAUUAAUUCCCAUACGCGAUAAAAGCAAGUUGAAUGAUGGUGAUCUCGAAGAGAUACCAAGAGAAGAAGCUCUGGUGUAUCAGAAACAUUUAUUGAAAGAGUGGAAACCUCGAUCGGAGGUAUGGUCACUUAAAUAUGGAAGUGCAGUUCUUGGUGCAUUAACUGGUUUCUCCAACAUAAUAAUUAAUUCUAUGUUCAGAAAUAAAUUAAAAUUACACAGUAAUGGCCGACUAUUAACAGGAAUAAGUGCAGCAGUUUUUCCAGGAGCAAUUGUAGGUUCCCUUCACGAAACUAUAAUCAGGGAUCCCAUAUUAUUAUAUGAAUAUAAUUGCCCAUUAUGUUUUGAAUUAAAAUCAUCUCUACUUGUAAAUGUUGGUGGCCUGUUAUUUCCUCUAAUUGCGAUGCCAACAAUAAAUCUUGCGAUUGCAGGAAAUUUAGGAUUAAGGAUACCAUAUUCUACAGAAUAUAGAGAACUUGGUAAAUUUUGGUGGAGUGUUGUCAAACCAGGAAUUAGGCACAUAGCAUUAUUAAUUACUUGUAAUACAAUUACAGCUAGUUGCAUAACAUACAAUGAAAUUUUAUCAGCAGAAAAUUUAGGAAGUAUGUUAUUACAAAUUGAGAAAUAUCAGAACGAAAAUGAACCAUUAAAAAUGUCAAAAUAAUUUACUAGUCAAUUAUACAUAUAUUACUAUGUAUAUUAUGAGUAUAAUGAAAAUAAGUACUUUUGUAGAAAGCAGAAUGUGUUUUAUUUAUGUAU